CACGUGACUUGCCGUUUCUUUCCAGGCAUCUGAUUGGCUGCUGCUGCCGAGGCAGUGUUUUCAAGUUACAGAUCCCGGAAGUGGGAACCGGACGCGGCUGUGAGCUGCUCGUAACUUUAUUAUGGUUCAGGGAGGUUUUUGUUACUUAAUGAGAGCAGAGAGAUGAAGUCAGGCCGCCAUGUUUGUGUCUCUCUCCCGCUGAACUCUCUCUGACUUCCGGUUGACUUUGUGUCCGCUCGUCACUGACAAACUCAUCAUGGGUGACAGCCGGACUCUGUGUUCGCUCGUCACCGGGCUGUUCCUCGUUAGUGUUCCGGUUCUGUCCGCGGCCCAGCAGCCUCACGUCGUCUUCAUCCUGGCUGAUGACUUCGGCUGGUACGAUGUCGGAUACCACCGCUCCGAGAUCAGAACCCCGAACCUGGACAAGCUGUCGGCUGGAGGAGUCCGCCUGGAGAACUACUACGUCCAGCCGCUGUGCACCCCCUCCCGGAACCAGCUGAUGACCGGCAGGUACCAGAUCCACACGGGCAUGCAGCACCAGAUCAUCUGGCCCUGUCAGCCGUACUGCGUCCCUCUGGAGGAGAAGCUGCUGCCCCAGCUGAUGAAGGAGGCGGGGUACGCCACGCACAUGGUGGGCAAGUGGCACCUGGGCAUGUACAAGAAGGACUGCCUGCCCACACGCCGCGGCUUCGACUCCUACUUUGGUUACCUGACAGGCAGUGAGGAUUAUUACACUCACAUCCGCUGUGUUCCCAUCACGGCUCUGAAUCAGUCUCGCUGCGUGUUGGACCUGCGGGACGGAGAGGAAGUCGCCACCGGGUACAAAGGAGUGUAUUCAACUGAGCUGUUCAGCCAGAAGGCCGUCAGCAUCAUUGAAAAACACACACCUACCAAGCCGCUCUUCCUCUACACGGCGCUGCAGUCGGUCCACUCACCGCUGCAGGUUCCAGCGCGCUACGAGGCUCCUUACAGUUUCAUCAAAGACCCCCAUCGCAGGGCGUACGCCGGCAUGGUGUCGGCCAUGGACGAGGCGGUGGGCAACAUCACUCUGGCUCUGCAGCAGAGAGGACUGUGGGAAAACACCGUGCUCGUGUUCUCCACAGAUAACGGCGGUCAGACACUGCACGGUGGAAGCAACUGGCCUCUGCGAGGGAGGAAGUGGUCUCUGUGGGAAGGAGGGAUCCGUGGCGUAGGAUUCGUCGCCAGCCCGCUGCUGAAGCAACCAGGAACCGUCAGCCGCGAGCUCAUCCACAUCUCCGAUUGGCUGCCAACUCUCGUCGGCCUGGCGGGAGGGAGCACCAACGGGACGAAGCCGCUGGAUGGAUUCGACAUGUGGAACACAAUCAGUAAAGGCCUCGCCUCGCCCAGACUGGAGCUGCUGCACAACAUCGACCCUCUGUACAACGACAUCGCUCCAUGUCCUGGCACCAGGCGGCAGUUAACUUUGGCUCGGGCGGUCAGCUCCGGCUUCAAUGUGUCCAUUCACGCCGCCAUCCGAUCCUCCAACUGGAAGCUGCUGACUGGAUACCCGGGUUGUGCCGUCUGGUUCCCGCGGCCGGGUCAGAACAGCUCCGAGUCGGAGGAUCCACUGAAGCCCGUGAUGCUGUUCGACAUCGAGGAAGAUCCGGAGGAGAGGAACGAAGUCUCCGCUCAGUUCCCCAUGGUGGUGGAGUAUCUCCUCAGUCGGCUCCAGCACCACCAGAAAAGCGCUCUGCCGAUAAACUUCCCCGCUGAUGACCCCAGAUGUGACCCGGGCCCCACUGGAGCCUGGGGACCCUGGGCUUAGAUAACAGUGAUGAAGCUUUGUUUACUGAGAAUCACAACAGCUGGAACCUGAUUUGUCAACACGAAUGAAGUUCUAGAAUUUUUAUCAACGUAAAGUUUUCAGGACAGAAAGAUUUCACCUACCACACUCGUGUGUCUUUGUCAAGAUCUUUCCCGACCGUUCAGGAGACACUAAAGACUUUGAUGUCUUUAGAAUAUAAAAAACUUUUUAGGAUCACAAGAAAAUCAUCUUCCAUCUUAGAUGUCUGUUGGUAACCACAUGUGACUGAAUCACUGUGCAGCGUCCAAAGUGCUGAGAAAGCUUAAAAUCAGGAGAGCAAAUAUUUGACUUCCAUUGAUGAGGAGGCCAGAAACAAAUACACGGCUCCAGAUAAAUGUUAAUGUGUGUCUGCUGCAUGUUUACAAAGGAAACUGAUUGCCAACAUGUUAUCUGCAUCAGGUGGUAAUGUGUCAGAGUUUACAACUUGUCGUAUUCCCCCUCAAGGACCAAAGAAUGAGUUUAACUGUGCUCUAUUUUUUUUAUUUUAAUGAUUCGUACUGCACUGCUUGGAAAAGAAAUCAUACAGAAUAAAGAGGCCAAAGUGUUGUGAUA